AUGUCCCGACGAAUCCGUCGUGACAGUGAGACCUCGACCGAUUCGUGGUCUUUGGUGGAAGAAGACCGUCUGGAAGACGACUUCUCCUUGAAUUCAACGGACAAUGAGCUGGAAACGGAGCCAAUAAUCGAGGAGCCGUUGACGUCAGAUGAGGAGGAGGAGGAUACGGCUUCUGAGAAGUCGUUGGAUUCAGAAUCCGAAGAUUCUGAAGAUUCUGAAGUCUCGGACAUCGAGGAGGAGGUAGAAGAGGGCCAAGAAGCGUUGGAGGACGUUUCUGAGGUCUCUGAAUCCGAAGAUUCUGAAAUUUCGGGAUCUGAGGAUUCUGAAGAAGAGGCUGAUGACGUGGCAUCUCAAGUUUCUGAACUUUUGGAGAUCAACGAGGAGGAGGAGGCUCGUGAGGCAGCAUUGAUGUGCAAGGAGGAUGAGAAUUGGAUGUUGGAGGAGUUGGAGGCUAAUUUCCAACAUUUUUCAAUGAUUUUUAUACCAAAAUGUAGCUCAUUCUUUGAAUUUUCAUCAUAUUUAAAUUUCUCAACUCUAACUUUUAUGAAAAUUGACUUAUUGCUUCCAGAAGACCAAGCCUCCCAAGCCCGCCGCUCCUGCCGUCUACUUCUGGCCUUCUCCCUAUUCCUUAUGGUGUUCCCAUUGGCCGAUAUUGUCACUUCAUGGGUCCUGACUUAUCAAAACCACCGUUCCAUCAAUUUGCCAGAACAUUCGAGACUGAUUUUCGAGAGUUAUAGCCCGCAGAGCUAUAACGCCGAAAAGAAAAGUUUCGUCUGGAAGGCAAGUGAUGCCGAGGAGGAGGAAAGGAAAUGGAGACGUAAUCAAAAGACCGAACGCAACAAUCUCCAUCUCCUCAAGCGUUUCCUAACCCCAUCAUCAGAAGAGACCACUAAGCCAGCUCAAUUGACAAGAACCGUCGAUGUUAUGGAAUUUCUGACAAAUAGCACAUAUUAUUGGAAGAAGCAGUCGGAGGAAGAAUUGGAAGAUAAUAGAGAGAUUUUGAUGAAAAAACUUGAGGAAGAAUUUGAGGAAGAGUAUAGAGAAGCCCUUAAGGACUUUGUGGAUUCGGUCCAAAAAUGGAAAUGGAUAAUUUCAAAUGCCACAGCAAAUUUGCAAAAUUCGAAAAGUUGCCGAGCACUGGCUCCAAUUCCACCGGCUCCAUUCACCCCACGACGCAUUCAGAAGCGUCAAUUGCCACGUCAUCAACCGUGUUUCGUGCAUGUGAAUCAGUCGAAAUGGACUUGUCAGAAGAACUUGCCAUCUGUGAUUUAUGAAAUUCCGAAAAAGUCUUUUGGGAAGAUUCCAAACUUCACUAUUCUGCCACGUGGCGUCGCCUACAGUAAGAAGCAAAGAGGAUACGGUAGAAGUGGAGGGCAAAAGGAACAAUAUGAAGUUUGUGGAAAGAAGGCCAGCCAAUCGAUGCGCAACACUGUCUCCAAGCCAACUGACACGUGUCACUCUCGACAACUCUCAAAAUUCAGCCCUCGCAGAAAACACAUCGCCUACAAGGCCCCACUCCCGUGCAAGAUCACCGCUUACAAACCAACAAUGCCCAAAAAAUCGUUCAAACCAUCGACAUCCAGUGACGAUUGGCUUCAGAAGAGAAGCCAUCAUCGUGCUCAACUUCGCUCCCGAGCCUAA